AUGGACCGGUCCAUUGCAUCAGCCUUUGCUAGCAGCCUAGGGCAAUUCAUUAAGCUCUCCCUUGCACUACGAGUUCCAAGCCCAGCAGUAGCCGACCAACUGCCAUUAUCUAUGGUUCAGGAUGAAUUGGGUAGAUUAAAAAUCUGGGCAGGGAACAUUGCCGCCCAUAGAAACGGGAAGGUCUCUCUUGAUCACCGGCUUCGUGACGCCACGCCUUUGCGGGGCAGGAUUGUGUCGCUGUUAGAUGACAUGAGCGAAAUUCUCCAGGAAGCUAUUGCCAUAGUUUCAGGGACUCGGCCAGCCCGUAAUAAUGCAGACUUUGAUUCUGGUUCGGACUCGGAACUCUCAAUAGAUGAAGCUCGAAUAGAGAGCGAGAGCCAUCAAUUCACGGAAUUGCAGCAGAUAUUCCAAGAUGUUGUCGUUGUUGUCGUUGUUGUCGAUUGUCUCUAUAGGCUGUCAAUGUCCAUCAGAAACGGUGUCUCUAACCAUGACCGACUCAUUAAAGCUGCCUCCAUUGACAUAUCGUUUUACGAGGCGUGGGAUGUCAAUCAUGUUAAGGCGAAAUUCCCAGCUGUUAAGCACUACCUUUGUUUGCGUCUUGGAAAGGCAUUAUCAAGAAGACGUCAAUACUUCAAGUAUUGUGAAAAGCACCACAAAAAGCUCGCACAAGAUCUAAUUGAGCCAAAUAUAAAAGAUGUGCAUGCACAUGCUUUACCUAGGACUCAGGGGCCGGAUGAGCCGAUCGAUAGCGCGGCAGCUAAAACUCGAGUCGAUAUGUCCCUCCAAAACGAAACAGUCAUAGGCAAACGUAGCGUGGCUGCAAACACGAUACUAACGGGGACUUCCGCAUCCGAAUUUGUUGGAGCAGACAUUGACGUUGAGACAAAAUCUGACAGUGGCCAGACCUUGACCUCUUACGCAUCGUCAGCAUCAUUCGGAGGAAGACUCGCUAUUCCUCCACUUCCGUCGGGAUCGACAGGCGGGCGGCCUUUUGAAUGUCCGUACUGUUAUACAAUGGUAGGCAUAAAGAGUCAGAAUGCUUGGAAGAAGCAUAUCUUCCGAGACCUUCAACCGUAUAUUUGCACUUUUGAAUCAUGUUUCAAGGCCCGUAAAACGUUCAAAUCCCGUCACGACUGGUGGGAUCACGAAUUGAACGAGCAUAGAAAAGUAUGGUCUUGUGCAGCCAAUUGUCAGGCAAUAUUUCAUAGUCAAGCUGAAUUCGAGAAACAUGUAAGGGAGACACACAUGAUUACAUCGAACCAGCAAAUCAGUGCCCUGGCAGACGUUUGUCAUAGACCUGUCGAUGGAAAAACCGAACAAGAAUGCCCUCUAUGUCUUGAGGUAUUAGACUCGUUGCAACAACUUUGUCGUCACCUUGCUCGACAUCUUGAGGAACUUGCGCUGUUUUCAUUGCCACGGGACAGGAAUGAAGAAGGUCAAGAUGACGAUUCGGACAAACCACAACAAUCAAAGUCAAAGUCUUCUGGAAAAUUCUCACAGCAGUACGAGAGCUCCUCUUCUUCGACUGAUGUAAAUUCCUUAUACGAGUCGGACGAUGAAUCAGGUUUUCAGACAUCAGAGCUAAUAUCAUCAUUCAUUUUCGUAAAUCGCCUCCAUGACGCCGAGAGAUUAUUAAUGCUUGAUCGGUUAGAUCGUCGACUCUUUUAUCGAGGAGAAGUUGAGAGAUUAACUAAAGAGCCCCAAGAUCCCCUAAAUUAUGCUCUACUUUUCGACAAUUGUCUAAUUCUUGCAACGAAAAGUAUUGACCACAAAUAUGAAAUAACUUGUCAGCCAAUACGCAUAGAGCUUCUAGUAUUACUUGACCAAGUCAACGACGAGUACCAGUGGAAGCUAUUGCCGAUUCAAGAGGGUGAAGCAAAGGAAGGAGCAAUUGCCAAAACACCUAUACAGGAGCUAUUCCCUCUUUUUAUUCGAGACAUAAGUACUGGCGACAUCUGCGCGCUGGUAGUGAAGUCCGCAUCACAACGAAAAAAAUGGUGGGAUAACAUCCAGCUGGCCCAACAGGCCAUGUCCUCUCGAACACUCUUUCCCGGUAACUCAGACGCAUAUUCGCUAACAUUGAUAUGGCACGCAGCUUCUGGAAUCGGUAGUGAGACCGCAGCUCCUCAGAAGUUUUUCAAGAACCAGAUUGGAAUUCCCAAAUCCCUUGUGUUAUUCGAAGACAAGCUUAUCCAUCUAGCACCUACGUUUGUAGAAUGCGUCACGCCUUUUUACUAUCGCGGAAGGGGUUUAAUCGCUAUGAGUAGUUCGACAGACUUCUAUGUCUUCGAUCCGGCAGUGCCAUCGAGUCCAGCAUUGGUAUACUGUGCUAAUAUCGAUCCUGUGACUCAAAUCACAGUGCUUGAAGGCCCCGAAGUUAUGCUAGUUCUCGCAUCAAAUAAUCUUUAUGUCAUUGAUAUUAUGAAUGGCUUCAAACUCUCACUUAAACUAUUAGAGAAUGUCAAAUUCUUCAGAUUUGCAAAGACAGCAGAAGGUAAUUUUAUCUAUUGCAUAACAUGUGAGGGGUCAAAUGAGAGCCUCUCGUUGAUCGAGAUAUACCACGCUUCAAAGGGACGGGGCCGUGAUUUCUGCCAGCGCCGCGCUGAGAACCCUCCCGAGCUGGAUAAGCCUCUGCUAUUCAAAGGCUACGGAUAUUGUUAUUGGCGGUACGCCGAGUACUACCUCAGAACACCGUGUUCCCAGAUGCAUGUGUUCGAUAACAUGUGCAUAGUCUUCGUCACAGACAGCUCAUUCAAAGAUUGCAGUUUGAUCAGUCCACCUACAAGAACCAUACCAAUUUCUUUGCCUCGAGAACCAUACCAAUCUAUCAAAGGCAGGCCGUUAGAAAUCUUUAGUCUUCCAGAAGGAACCACUAGAAGUGGUGUUCUUACAAGUCACCUUUGUGUAUACGAAUGUGUUGCGAUAUAUAUCGAUAGGGACGCAGAGAUUAGUGAUAUUGAACCAAUUACCUUCGUAAGCAAGGCGACCGCAGCCGCGCUUGACAGCCACUACCUGUUCAUCUUCCAUGACGAAUUCUUCGAGAUUUGGGACGUAAUCACUGGCCUUCUGUGUCGGAUCGUCACCGGCUUGAGCGUCAAAUAUGUCGGUAGCGACAAGGGCAUCUUGGUUGCCAUGCAACAUGCCGAAUCUGAGGGCCGUGAUUCUGUGUUCGAAUUCGUGUUGACGGAUGAGAGUCAGAGAAUGAAACAAACAAAUACACCAUUGACGUUUCCGUUCACCGUCACCACGGAAUAG